GGCGGCGGCGGCGAUAUGGCCUCGGAGCGGGACGUGCGCGCCCGGCUGCAGCGCGCCGGCCAGGAGCACCUCCUGCGCUUCUGCGCCGAGCUGGCGCCGGGGCCGCGCGCCGCACUGCUGGCCGAGCUGGAGCCGCUAGAGCCCGAGGCGCUGCGCGAGCACUGCCUGAGCGCGGCCGCGGCCUGCGCACGACCCCCGGGCCCGCCGCCCGACCUGGCCGCGCGCCUGCGGCCCCUGCCCCGCGAGCGCGUGGGCAGCGCGAGCCGGGGCGACCCCGAAACGCGGCGGCUCUGGGAGGAGGAAGGUUUCCACCAGAUCGCCCUGAACAAGGUGGCCGUGCUGCUGCUGGCUGGCGGGCAGGGCACUCGUCUGGGCGUGACCUACCCCAAGGGCAUGUAUCAGGUGGGCCUGCCCAGCCAGAAGACCCUCUAUCAGCUGCAGGCAGAGCGGAUUCGGCGGGUGGAGCAGCUGGCUGGCGAGUGCCACGGGACCCGCUGCACUGUGCCCUGGUACAUCAUGACGAGUGAGUUCACGCUGGGGCCCACGGCCGAGUUCUUCAAGGAGAAUGACUUCUUCCAGCUGGACCCCGACAAUGUGGUCAUGUUUGAGCAGCGCAUGCUGCCUGCCGUGACCUUUGAUGGCAGGGCCAUCCUGGAGCGGAAAGACAAGGUUGCCAUGGCCCCAGACGGCAACGGGGGACUGUACCGCGCGCUGGCGGACCACCGGAUCCUAGAGGACAUGGAGCGCCGAGGAGUGGAAUUUGUGCACGUGUACUGCGUGGACAACAUCUUGGUGCGGCUCGCCGACCCCCUCUUCAUAGGCUUCUGUGUGAUGCGGCGCGCGGACUGUGGCGCCAAGGUGGUGGAAAAGGCGUACCCUGAGGAGCCUGUGGGCGUGGUGUGCCAGGUGGACGGUGUCCUCCAGGUGUUGGAGUACAGCGAGAUCAGCCCCGAGAUUGCGGAGCUUCGUGCGCCGGACGGGGGCCUGCUCUACAACGCAGGCAACAUCUGUAACCACUUCUUCACGCGAGACUUUCUCCAGAUGGUCACCAGGGAGUUUGAGCCCUUGCUGAAGCCACACGUGGCUGUGAAGAAGGUCCCAUACGUGGACGAGAAGGGAAAUCCGGUAAAGCCGCUAAAACCGAACGGGAUAAAGAUGGAGAAGUUUGUGUUUGAUGUGUUCCAGUUUGCUAAGAACUUCGUGGCUUUUGAAGUGCUGCGGGAGGAGGAGUUCUCCCCCCUGAAGAACUCUGACUCGGCAGACAGGGACAACCCCUCCACAGCCCGGCGGGCCCUGCUUGCUCAGCACUACCAGUGGGCCCUGCAGGCGGGGGCCCACUUUCUGGACGAACAUGGAGCCCGGCUCCCCGAGCUGCCCAGCCUGCCUGGCAGCAGAGAGCCUCUGGCCAUCUGUGAGAUCUCGCCGUUGGUGUCCUACUCUGGAGAGGGUCUGGAGGUGUACCUGCGAGGGCGGGAGUUCCAGUCCCCGCUCAUCCUGGACGAGAAGCGGGCCAGGGCGCUGCAGCCCUGACUCCCUCCCACACCUGCAAACCCAGGGUCUCCAGGGGUGAAGAUGGGGCCUGACCUGGGGCUCUGGGUAGGAAAGCAGGCUGCUGUGCCUUUCCGGCCUGUGGAACACAGAAGGAAGCGUGCUGGUUUACUCCAGGAGGGUGGGACCUCUCCUGUCACCCGUUUCCAUGGACACAAGGGACGCCAGGCCUGCUGUCGGCCAACUCAGGAUCUUGGGCUUCGCUCCUGGCUUUGGGGUCCGAGGAGGAGGCAGAGGGACUCAGGACCUUGGACAGUGGGGCUGAGAGGAGGCUGUGGGGAGGGGCCCAACGGAGGUGUGGCGUCAGCGGGUGAGAGCAGCGCGCCCUGCUUCUGCUGUCUGAGCUGAGAGGUGAUGGGAAGGCGGCUCCUCUGCCCCACAUGCACAUCUGCAUGGUGAGAAGGAGCCCCAGCCACACGGAGAAGCAUCUCUGCAGAUGUACAGAUGAGGGAACGAGAGAAGGGGACAGUGUUCUUCUCUCCCAGGGUGACGUGUUCACAGAGGCUGCCCCCUCCCUCCCUGGCAGCUGAACUACUAACACAGCCCAGCCUGCCCAGCUGAGGCCCACAGCAGAAGGGGCCCGACCCCUACCCAUAAAGGCUGGUCGCUCAGGGAGAGCCGGCUCUCAGAGAAGCUCGGCCUGCACACCUGAGACCGAAUUCUCUCAAUUCCUCUCCAAAGCCUCAGCCUCCGUCACGUCAGUGGCUGGUUUAAGCUGCUGAAUUUUAUGUGCUUCCCCCAGGACCAGUGGCGGCCUCCUGCGGUGGGUGAUUAAUCUCGAAUUUACCAGGUGGGGGGCGCCAUCCCUUGCCCGGCCCACCAGGAGCUUCUGACAGCUGUUGGUGCUCCCCCUCCUCCCCGGCUCUGGUGGGGGGGGGGGGACACAGCCUCCAUAUUUGGGGCCAUGGCCCCCUCCCUGCAGCCUGGCCGAGGCUGGAGGAAACCAGCUGGCCCUGGGCUUUUGCCUCUGGCUUUGCUGUCUGGGCCCCGGCACCUGCUCUCCCCUCUGAAAACCAAUGCAGCGGCACCACCUCUCCCCGUGAUGUGAGGAGCAGCAUUAAUGCAGCCUACUGCCCCACCGGGUCACCAACCCCCUUCCCUCUCUGCUGCAGCCCGCAGCCCAUGCGUGGAACCCCUGGUGUCCCCAAGGCAAGGACGUUAUCUGGGUGGUGGGUUCAGACGCAGCUGAUGACUCCAGUGGCUUGGGGUGGACGGUAGCUGUGCCCAUGCAUCCUGACCCGGGCAUGACGGCAGGGCCAGGGUCACGCCUAGGCUCUGCCAGUCUUGUGCAAACCUCAGAUUCAAACCAUGUGCCUUAGGAUCCUUCUCUCAGCUGCUCUACAGGCAAGCAGAGGGCCAGGGGCAGAGGGGGGUCGGCCAAGGAGGAGGCCCGGGUCCAGGUCCUGCCCACAGCGGCUCCUCACUGCUCUAACUGCACGAGCUCUUCUCUACACAAGUCGAGUUAGCUGGGUAAACGGCUGAAACAGCUCGCUUUUUAAAAACUUUAUUUUCAGAUAACUAUACCUUCACAUGAAGUGUCAAACAUAGCAGGGAGAGGUCCUGGGGACCCUUCACAGUUUCCUGCAGUGUUUUCACCUCACGUGGUCACAGGACCCGGCAGACCAGGAGAGGCUGGUGCUGCUCUAAGUGGCUAACCACAGGUGUGGAUUCCUGCGCCUGCUCUGCUCUCAAGAGGCAGGUGUCCCGUCACCACAGAGACCUCCCUCAUGCUACAUUUAUGGUCACCCCAUCUCCGACCCCAGACUCCCGCUAAUGAAACAACUGAGUUUUGAAAGAUUGCCAAACUCCUGAUCUUCCACAGGAGGUGGGGGAUUUCCAAUAAACACAACGUGUUGUGAU